CCCAAGUGUGGCACAGGGAGAACUAGUCCAGUCUAGACAGCCGGGGACCUAGGGCAACCAUCUUGCCCGUCCAGAAAUCACAAAUAAGGAUUGCAGCUGUUCUGACUGGUGUGUGGACCAAACAUUAUUCACCUGCCUCCAAACUGCCUAGUGACUCUGCUUCCACUCCCAUCCCUCUUACUGAAGUGGCUCCUUGGGCUUAGAGAAGACACUCACUUAGAUUUCCAGAAGCUGGAGCAAGGAAAUGGACUCAGUGGUCAUUGAGGAUGUAGUCGUGGUCUUUAGUCAAGAGGAGUGGGCUUUACUGGAUCCUGCUCAGAGAAAGCUCUACAAAGAUGUGACAAUGGAAACCUUCAGAAACCUGGCCUCAGUAGCCUCUCAAAACCUUAAUGAUGGAGAUAAGUUAUCCAGUGAACAUGUAAUAGUGCAAUUCAUGAAGAAUAACACCUGGCCCUCCAUAUUAGGAGAAAUCUCCAAAUUACAUGGCAGUAAAGAUCAGCAUAAUAACCAGUGGAGACAUUUGAGAAGGCAUAUUGUAGAGAACCUCCCUGAAAGUAAUGAAGGCAGUAAGUGUAGAAAAACCAUCAGCUGGAUUCCACAUCUUACUGUGGUAAAAAUAAAGCCUCCAGAAGUGAAUCCUUUUAAAUGCUGUAAGUGUGGAAAAGCCUUCAAGGAUUACUCAUCACAUAAGCAUCAUACCAGAUCUCACACUGGAUGCAAUACUUACCAGUGUAAGAAAUGUGGAGAAGCCUGCACUUGUCCCUCUUAUCUAAGUGCUCCUAGGAGAACUCUUACUGGGGAAAAACCUUAUAAAUGUAAGGUAUGUGGAAAAGACUUGAUUUGUAUCUCAACCCUUGAGAGUCCUGUGACAACAAUCCCUGGAGAGAAACAAUGUGAAUGUAACAAAUGUGGGAAAGAUUUUUGUAGUUUUUUAUCCUUUCAGGCACAUGUGAGAGAUCAUAAGCAAGAAAGUAAAGAAUGUUGUAAAACCUAUAGUUCUCCUACAUCCCUCAUUUUACAUAAAAAAUUUCAUAAUGGAGAUAAGCCUCAUGAAUGUAAGGAAUGUGGGAAAACCUUUAGUUGUACCUCAUCUCUCACUACACAUAGUAGAACUCAUAGUGGAGAGAAGCCUUAUGAAUGUAAGGAAUGUAGGAAAGCCUUUAGUCAGUCAUCACACCUUACAGCACAUAUAAGAACUCACAAUGGACAGAGGCCAUAUGAAUGCAAGGUAUGUGGGAAAGCCUUUAGUCAGGUCACAUCGCUCAAUCAACAUACAAGAAUUCACAGUGGAGAGAGGCCUUAUGAAUGUAAGGAGUGUGGAAAAACCUUUAGUUGUACCCCAUACCUCACUAAACAUAUAAGAACUCACAGUAGACAGAGGCCUUAUGAAUGUAAGGAAUGUGGGAAAGCCUUUGGUUGUGUCUCAUCCCUCAAUACACAUACAAGAUCUCACAGCGGAAACAGGCCUUAUGAAUGUAAGGAAUGUGGAAAAGCAUUUAGUCACGCCUGUUACCUCACUAAACACAUAAGAACUCACAAUGGACAAAGGCCUUAUGAAUGUAAGGAAUGUAGAAAAACCUUUACUUGUUCCUCAUUCCUAACUAAGCAUAUAAGAAUUCACAGUGGAGAGAUGCCUUAUGAAUGUAAAGAAUGUGGGAAAGUCUUUAGGCAAUCCUCAAACCUCACUAAACAUAUAAGGACUCACAGUGGAGAGAGGCCUUAUGAAUGUAAGGAAUGUGGGAAAGCCUUUACUUGUUCCUCACACCUCACUACACAUAUAAGAACUCACAGUGGAGAGAGGCCUUAUGAAUGUAAAGAAUGUGAGAAAGCCUUUAGUCAGUCAUCACACCUCACUAAACAUAUAAGAACUCACAGUGGACAGAGGCCUUAUGAAUGUAAGGAAUGUGGGAAAGCAUUUAGUCAGGCCUCGUCACUCACUCAACAUAUAAGAACUCACAGUGGAGUGAAGCCUUAUGAAUGCAAGGAAUGUGGGAAAGCCUUUAGUCAGGCCUCAUCCCUCACUACACAUAAUAGAACUCACAGUGGAGUAAGGCCUUAUGAAUGUAAGGAAUGUGGGAAAGCCUUUAGUCGGGCAUCAUCACUCACUCAACAUAUAAGAACUCACAGUGGAGUGAGGCCUUAUGAAUGUAAGGAAUGUGGGAAAGCCUUCAGUUGUUCUUCACAGCUUACUACACAUAUAAGAACUCACAGCGGAGAGAGGCCUUAUGAAUGUAAGGAAUGUGGGAAAAACUUUAGUUGUGUCUCAUCCCUUACUCAACAUACAAGAAUUCACAGUGGAGAGAGGCCUUAUGAAUGUAAAGAAUGUGGGAAAGCCUUUAGUCACACCUCACAUCUCACUAAACAUAUAAGAACUCACAGUGGAGAAAGGCCUUAUGAAUGUAAGGAAUGUGGGAAAGCCUUUGGUUGUGCCUCAUCCCUCACUCAGCAUAUGAGAACUCACAGUGGAGAGAGGCCUUAUGAAUGUAAGGAAUGUGGCAAAGCCUUUAGUCAUGCCUCAAACCUCACUACACAUAAAAGAACUCACAGUGGAGAAAGACCUUAUGGAUGUAAGAAAUGUGGGAAAGCCUUUAGUCAGUCAUCACACUUCACUAAACAUUUAAGAACUCACAGUGGAGAGGCCUUAUCAGUAUAAGGAUGUGAGAAGCCUUCAGUUGUUUCUCAUAUCACACUUUAUAUAAGAACUCACAGUGUAAAGCGGGCUUAUGAAUGUAAGGAAUUUGAAAACCCUUUGGUUGCGCCUCAUCCCUCACUUCACAUAUAAGAACUCACAGUGGACAGACUACUCUGUUACAAGUAGGAUGUUUCAUUCUUACUGUGAUACUUUGAAUAGCAAAUUUCUGAAAGUCUGUGGUUACAGAACAAAGCAAUAGUAACUCAAAGAAGGGAUCAUUAGAACUACUUCGUGCCUUUGGGAGAAAUGACAGUUUCAUUGUCACUGCAGGGCUAUCUUCAUAAGUGUUUGUUAAGUUCUUGGUUCUAGCUAAAUUUUACUUAAAGUCUUUGGCUUUUGUAACUAAGGCUGCAGGGAGUAGCCUCAACUAACUGCUGUCUUAUAUUUUUUUAAUGCUUUUAUUUAUUUUAAUCUCAUGCAAAAAAAUACACUGAUCUUGUAUUUGAUUUUAGAGUGGUUUGUUCUGUUUUCAUCUUUAACAUGUUUCCUUCCAUUCUGUCCUGUUGUAAAGUUAACUUUUUUACCCUUUAUAAUUAAGUUUCUCAUAGGCUGAUACUUUGAAAAUAUUCUGUUUUUUGGUCAUACUUUGGCCUACUAAUUUUAGCGCUCAUUGAUAAUUAACUACAAUGAUUAGUACUGUGGUUUUAAUGAAAUAGUAUGUUCUGUUCCAAUAAUUUUUCCUAUGUUUAUUAAUUGGAAUCCUAAAAGGAAUAGCUUUUCCUUUUCCUUCUUUAUGGGUUAAAUUAUUUAUAUCAGAGAGACUAAUCAAUAUUACUAU